GUGUGUGGACCAUACAGGUAGGCCUACCUUAUUUACAACAAAUCUGUCUUGGUCUUGGCACAAAGGGUCAAGUAAGGAAUCAGGAACCUGGGGGUCAAGGGGCUUCUAACGACCGUCCACACAAACAACCCUAAACAUAACUGAUGACAUCAUUUAGCACGAACUUCAAUUCCUGGAUGGCAGUGGCGCGCUAAUCCCACUUCCAUGCCGGAUUUCUAAAACAAGGGGGCAGGCUGGCAAAUAGACAACAACACCGGAUUGAGGAAAUUGACAAGGGCAUACCAUGUGCAAAACAAACUUGUUUAAAGCUGACAACCAUGCGACACGACGUGUUAUAUCCGAACAUUCAAGUGACCGCCUCGCCUGUCCUUGCGUAUUGCUCUCUUGGCAAUUUUGGCUACACCAUCACCAUUCUGAGAAAUUACAAUCGCACUGCUGCCUGUCACUUUUUGAGUAGAACCAGUCAUGCACAUAUUCCUCAUUGCUGCCUUUCUUCUCGCGGUGCAGCUGCGAGAAGCUGAAUCAUGGGGAGCAUCAGCUAAAUAUGCGGUGAACUGUCCGGAGCGCUGCAACGUCGACCUGUGCGGCUCCACACAGAGAUGUAGACGGACGGUCCAGGAUGACUGCGGCUGCUGUCAAGUCUGCACAGCGGGGAGAGGAGAGCAUUGUUACCGCACGGUGUCAGGGAUGCACGGGGUGAAGUGCGGACCUGGGCUCUUCUGCGACUUUUACAAGGACGAGGAUGACUACGGGGAUGAAUAUGGCAUUUGCAAAGACUGCAUGUAUGGCACCUAUGGGGUGGAGUGCAGACAGACCUGCAACUGUAAGGCUGGGGGUCUCUGUGACAGGGAGACUGGAGCAUGCCUCACCUUCAAGUUCUUCGCCAAGAUGACCAACAAGAUGCGGGGCCAUGGGGCCACUGGAAAUGAGAUGGGUUCUGGAGACAGUGGCGACCACCCCAAAGACAGAUCCACAUCCCCUAAAUGGAAUCCUCGCUGACAGCCUCUUUCACAGAUUUUUUUUUUAUAGUGACAUUGUAGCAUAUGAGUAACUUAAAUGGUCAAUAAAUAUAAAUUAUAUAUUUUAUUAUGUCUUAAAUGAAUAGAUCAGAGGUGUGAUCAUUCAGAGUUUUAUAUAAUAUUUUCCAGAGCAGUGCUGAAAAAGUGAUUUUGUAACAGAGUGGCAAAUAUAUUCCUUCUCUCUGUCCUCAUUCCCCCCUUGAGUGAGAGCAUUAUGGGUGUUAUAUCAUGUUGUUAUACGUGCACUCUGCACACAUGCGCAGUCGGCCAUACACAGAUGCAUAUGAUUAGCAAACCCAUAAUAUAUUAUUCUGAAUGCAACAGUAUAACCAUUCAACAAAAGAUAAUUGUUUGUGGGACAACAUUUGAAAAAGAUGUUAAGAGUUUGUAAAGUCCUGUAUUGUUUGGCAACUGCUCUUUUGGCCACUGAGAAUAUCAUGGACAUACCGCACAUGUAGCUCCAUGUUGCCCUGUAAAGCAUCUUAUCUAAUCAUAAUGGAAGUCAGAAUAUUAAUCUUUAAAUCCAGAGUUAUGUGACCUCAAAGACUCUGAUGUUAAAGUAUACAAGUCUGACCAGUGACCAGAAAUGCAUAUUUAUGUCUUUAUGUGCUAGACACUGUCUGUGGCUGUUAAAUUAUGGUUUUCAUUGGGAUAUUUUUAAAAAGUGACUUACAAACAUGCAAGUCUAUUAACAUGACAUAUGAUUUGAAAAUCUGAGCUGAAAAAAUAUGGAGCUGUGUACUUGGGUGUUGUAUAUAUUCCAGUAUUCCUGAAUGCAAUAAAGGUCUG